GCGGCCCGCGGAGCUUCGGCGCCGCCGCCGCCACCGCCGCCAUGGGCUGAGGGGAGAGGCGGCAGCAGCAGCUGCCGUGUUAGCGGCUCGGGGUUGGGCGACCCGAGGAUGGAGAGAGCCAUGGAGCAGCUCAACCGUCUGACGAGGUCCCUGCGCCGCGCCCGCACCGUGGAGCUGCCGGACGAUAAUGAAACUGCAGUCUACACGUUAAUGCCAAUGGUUAUGGCUGACCAGCAUAGGUCUGUCUCGGAGCUGCUGUCAAAUUCCAAGUUUGAUGUGAAUUAUGCCUUUGGACGCGUGAAGAGAAGUUUGCUUCAUAUUGCAGCAAACUGUGGAUCAGUUGAAUGCCUUGUUCUGUUGUUAAAAAAAGGAGCAAAUCCAAACUACCAGGACAUUUCAGGAUGCACACCUCUCCAUUUAGCAGCAAGGAAUGGCCAGAAGAAAUGUAUGAGCAAGCUGCUGGAAUACAGUGCAGAUGUCAACAUCUGUAAUAAUGAAGGCUUGACUGCAAUCCACUGGUUGGCUGUUAAUGGACGAACAGAACUGCUUCAUGAUCUUGUUCAGCAUGUCAGCAAUGUGGAUGUUGAAGAUGCCAUGGGUCAGACAGCCCUUCAUGUGGCUUGUCAGAAUGGACACAAGACAACUGUGCAGUGUUUGCUGGACAGCGGCGCAGAUAUAAACAGGCCAAACGUGUCAGGGGCAACUCCACUCUAUUUUGCUUGCAGCCAUGGUCAGAGAGACACUGCACAAAUUCUCUUGAUGAGAGGAGCCAAAUAUUUACCAGACAAAAAUGGUGUCACUCCACUGGAUCUCUGUGUACAGGGUGGCUAUGGAGAGACUUGUGAAGUCCUAAUACAGUACCAUCCUCGACUUUUCCAGACAAUAAUCCAGAUGACACAGAAUGAAGAUCUCCGGGAGAACAUGCUGCGGCAGGUUCUGGAGCACUUGUCCCAGCAGAGCGAAAGCCAGUAUCUGAAAAUCCUAACAAGUCUUGCUGAAGUUGCUACAACAAAUGGUCACAAACUGCUUAGCUUGUCAAGUAAUUAUGAAGCUCAAAUGAAGAGUCUCUUGAGGAUCGUGAGGAUGUUUUGCCAUGUCUUUCGCAUUGGCCCAUCCUCUCCCAGUAAUGGCAAUGACAUGGGCUACAAUGGAAAUAAAACUCCAAGAAGUCAGGUGUUCAAGGUCAGAAAAGUAUAUGAUGUUGUUAGGAAGAUAGACCUUAAAGAGAUGAAUUUCACAAAGCAUGCAUUCAUUAAUCAGACAUCUCAUGAACAGGAACCACUGGAACUGCUCUGGCAUUCCCUGGAUGAGUGGCUCGUUCUUAUAGCCACCGAGCUGAUGACAAACAAAAGGGACUCUGCCAACAUCACUUCUAUUUUACUGAAGCAAAAAGCACCAGAUCACCAGGAUGCUGCUCCUACACCUUCCUUCCCUACUGCAGGAACUGAGGGCAGAAAAGAGCUAUCUGCUGAUGCUUACGAUCCUGCUGGGAAGCAGGAAGCCUGUGCUGAUUGCCAGGAUGUUAUCUCCAUGACAGCAAACAGGCUAAGUGCUGUCAUUCAAGCCUUUUAUAUGUGCUGCUCCUGUCAGAUGCCUCAGGGGAUGACAUCACCUCGGUUUAUAGAGUUUGUCUGCAAACAUGAUGAUGUCCUGAAGUGUUUUGUGAACAGAAAUCCCAAAAUAAUCUUUGAUCACUUCCACUUUCUCCUGGAGUGUCCUGAACUGAUGUCCAGAUUCAUGCACAUCAUAAAAGCUCAGCCUUUUAAAGACCGCUGUGAAUGGUUCUAUGAACACCUGCAUGCUGGACAGCCAGAUUCAGACAUGGUGCACAGGCCUGUCAAUGAGAAUGACAUCCUUUUGGUUCACAGAGAUUCUAUUUUUAGGAGUAGCUGUGAAGUUGUCUCUAAAGCAAACUGCGCCAAACUGAAGCAGGGGAUCGCCGUGAGAUUUCACGGAGAGGAAGGCAUGGGCCAGGGUGUGGUGCGUGAGUGGUUUGAUAUUUUAUCCAGUGAAAUAGUUAACCCAGACUAUGCCUUAUUCACACAGUCAGCUGAUGGAACAACUUUCCAGCCCAACAGCAACUCUUCUGUGAAUCCAGAUCAUCUGAACUACUUCCGUUUUGCAGGCCAGAUCCUGGGGCUGGCUCUGAAUCACCGGCAGCUGGUGAACAUCUACUUCACAAGAUCAUUCUACAAACACAUUCUUGGUAUACCUGUAAAUUAUCAGGAUGUAGCAUCUAUUGAUCCAGAGUAUGCCAAGAAUUUGCAGUGGAUUUUAGAUAAUGACAUCAGUGACCUGGGCUUGGAGCUGACCUUCUCUGUUGAGACCGAUGUGUUUGGAGCGAUGGAGGAAGUGCCGCUGAAGCCGGGGGGUGCAGGCAUACUGGUUACACAGGAGAACAAGGCUGAGUAUGUCCAGCUUGUGACAGAACUCAGAAUGACCAGAGCCAUCCAGCCUCAGAUAAAUGCCUUUUUACAAGGCUUCCAUAUGUUCAUUCCACCAUCUUUGAUCCAGCUCUUUGAUGAAUAUGAACUGGAGCUUUUGUUGUCUGGGAUGCCAGAAAUUGAUGUGAAUGACUGGCUAAAAAAUACAGAAUACACCAGUGGCUAUGAGAGAGGAGACCAAGUUAUUCAGUGGUUCUGGGACGUUGUGGAAGAGCUAACUCAGGAGGAGAGAGUUUUACUGCUACAGUUUGUUACUGGCAGUUCCAGGGUGCCUCAUGGUGGCUUUGCCCAUAUCAUGGGUGGCAGUGGAUUGCAAAACUUCACAAUUGCUGCUGUGCCAUACACUGCCAACCUUCUACCAACGUCAAGCACAUGUAUCAACAUGCUCAAGUUACCUGAAUACCCAAGUAAAGAGAUCCUUAAGGACAGGCUUCUGGUGGCUUUGCACUGUGGAAGCUAUGGUUACACAAUGGCAUAAUGAAGUCUUUAAAACUCACCUUGACCACUCCUGGGCAAUUCCAAGCGGCAGGAGCGAUUUUGGAAGCUGUCAAGGAGCAAGCAGCUUAGGUGCUGCAGCCCAGUGGCAGGGCUGGGCUUCAGAAUUCCUCCAGGAUCAUCAACUUUUCCUCCAUUAUAAUCAACUUUUCCUCCAUUACAUGCUGGCAGACUCCUCAGUAUGCUGUGUUUUGAGGUUUGAAGAUGACAAACUCUGUAUGGAAAUCACUUUCCAUGCUUUUUGGCUUUUACUUCAGCCUAAAUUGGGAAGUUUGUUGGAAUCUCUUCCCACAGUUUACCUUUUUGUUUGGUGGGUUGGGGUUUUCUUUGGUUUGUUCUGGUUUCAUCUGUAUGGUUGAAUGACCUCUGCCUUUCAGUUCACUUUGCACUCAGAUGGGAAACUGCUGAGGGGCAGCCUUGGACUUUAUGCCUUGUUGCCUGGGAAAGUGCCAUUUAUUUUUGCAGGGAGCACUACAGAGAGUUCAAUUUGGACACUGUACAGGAAGACAGAGCUGAUGUAUUUUCCAUUCCUUUGCAGAGCAGCAAAUGAAAUUUUAUACCUUUUUAGUCUUUUAAUGUAUAUAGGAUGUAAAGAUGAGAGCUGUUAUCCCUGGCAGAAACAACAGAUGAACUUCAUACCUAAUUUAUAUUAGAAUUUACACUAUAUUCUACUAACUAUUUAAAGCAUUUGUGACUUUAUAGGCAACUUGCAGCUUGGAGUUUGUAAAUACUAUUUAAGAUCCCUAGCCAUUUGUUUUGAAUGCCUUUAUUCUUUCCUUGACAUAAUUGUAUGUUCAGAGGGUAUUAUUAAACUUUAAUAUUUUU